GUAAACGUACGUUACAAUUUUGCAAAACAAAUCAUUGUUCCAUACCUUAUAACAAUAAAUGGGAAAGGACUUGCGGAGGACAAUCUCAGUAUUCUGAAUCCUAUGUGUACAGUAGUACUGCAUGUUUGGGCAUGAAUGUUCCAGCCGUCACUGUCCUUAAGUUGCAGCUUCCUCCUGAAGGUUCAAUGGACUGCGCGCCUCUUUCACUUUCAGUUCGGUCAAUCAUUGCCGUAAAGUAGUGACCAGAAGACUCUAACGAUAGAGAAGUGUUUCCAAUUCCAAGGUAAUCAACAGACUUGGAAUGCAGAAUCACCACGGAAUAUCUAACUGAAAGAAACUUUUACAAUCGCGUGUUUCUUUCGCAUGUAUGUAUUAAUUUUGAGUUUCGACAAAGCUAGGUGCAUUUGCUAAUAAAUGAAAGUUUCAUUUAUGAAUAAUUUUCACUUAUAUUAUCAUGAAUGUUACAUAAGCUUAACCUUUAAAGUAGGGAAAGUGUCAAGUAGGUCAAACUGCCAGGAGCCAAUUUCGAGCACGUCUGGUAAGUCUGCGGAGUAUUUUUAUUCAAAGCCAUAUCAAUAAAAUGCCUGUUUAACUAAAAGUAUUGGUAUACACAAGUCUUAGACAUACCACGCAAACAUAUGGUUUCAAAUGAUAUCAGAUGCGUUGCCUAUACUUAAAAUAAGGAAAAUAAAAGGCGGGUACACAUCAAGUUUGACAAGGACGGCUUUUGGUCGAAUUAAGGAAAUGAGCUCCCUAAUUUACAAGGGUUGCUGGUCUUCUCGGUCUCAUCUCCUUUAGUUCACUUCUGAUUCAGACUGGUGGCUCUUAGUCAGGACUCCAAAAUUCAGUUUCAGUAUGAACGCUCAGCAGCUGGUCCUAAAACAGCGGGCAGAGCUUCUGGGAGCCCUGUGUGGUGGAGGCAGUGCUGAACCUCUGGACUGUGUUCUGGACCUGCUUCUGGCUUGGGAGGUUCUAAUCUGGGAUGAUUACCUAUGCAUACAUGUUGCUGAGAAACCUCUAUGUUCCAACACCAGACACGUUCUAGAUGUGGUCUGUGAUAAAGGAGAAGAAGCUUGCAGUCUUCUCCUGGCUGCAUUUAAACAGAUCUUGCCUGAGGAGCAGAAGGCUGGGCUGUGUUUUGGAAAAGGAUGUGUUGUUAUGGAGAAUUACAGACCAGCCACUGCAACUUCAGUAUUAUUAACUGACAGGCCAGUGAUAGUGAGAAAGCUCAGAGAUAAUAUUGAUGAAGCACUGAAUGUUUUAUUGACAACUGGCUGCUUUACUAUUAAAGACUGCGAUGGGGUGAAUCUACCUGUAUACACACCCUCACAACAGGUUCGAAUGCUGUUAGACCAAGUAAGGUUUAAGGAAACUGCUGCAAAGACCUUACUACUGUACCUAGAGCAAACAGAGCCCCCCAGACCAAAUCCUGAAGAUGAAGAAAUUCAACUUCCUUCUCCAGAAUGUCUGCUCUAUCAGAGGAAGCUGUGGAGCUCUGUUGCUGCACAGUCCCACUUCCUUAGCAUCUACGGCGGGACAGGAUGUUUCUCCCUGGAUGACAUUUACACCGAUGGACUUCUUGAAGUAAUGAAUGGCUCUGGUGAAACUACAACAUUAGGGCUGGAGGAUGUUGUGGGCCCUGUGGGAACUCUUAAUGAAGAUGCUGACACCGUGCUUGUGUCUGGGGAGGCAGGUAGUGGCAAAAGUACUUUGUUUCAGCGACUCCACUUGCUUUGGUCAAGAAAAGCCUUGCUCACAGACAUUGUCCUGCUGUUCCCCUUUAGUUGCCGCAAGCUGAACGCAGAGCACCGAGAGCUGUCUCUAAAAGAGCUCCUGUUCUUUCACUGCUGCUGGCCUGAUCGAGGGCAAGAUGAAGUUUUUCAGUUUAUCCUAGACCACCCUCAUUUAGUCCUCUUUACUUUUGAUGGGCUUGAUGAGUUUAAACAGGGUUUCACAGAUGAAGAACGUUACUGCUGCCCUACUCAGCAAGUACCUAUACCUAUAUUGCUUUUCAACCUAUUGCAAGGGACGCUAAUGAAGGGUGUUAUGAAGGUAGUCACCAGCAGGCCACAGGCUGUGGGCCCAUCGCUGAAAUGUUACCUAUGCAAAGAAGUGCUCCUAAAGGGGUUUUCUUCUGGGGGAAUUGACUGCUUUGUUAAGAAACAUCACAGUGAUCCUGCUAUGGCUAGACAUAUCAUAGAGUCCCUGCAGGGUAACACAGUGUUGCUAGGCCUUUGCCACAUCCCAGUCUUCUGCUGGAUUGUGACCAAGUGCCACCAGGAGCUUCUGGGUGGUGUGGAUGGCAUUCCUCAGACUAUCACCGAUGUCUACCUCCUAGUUUUACAGCAUUUCUUCCAGCGCAAGUCACCUCAUCCCCAAGGAGCUCUGGGAAAAGGCUGGUUGGAGGAACACUUGGGCACUGUGUUAAAACUUGGACAACUGGCUUUGGAAGGUCUAGAAGCUUCUUGUUAUGUGUUCUCAGGAUACGAGCUGCAGAGAAAUGGGGUCACAGAACAGGAUGUCAGUAUGGGUUUCCUCAUUUACUGCAAUGAUUUAUCUGUGACAGACUGCAAACAUUAUGAAUUUCUGCACAUCACCUUACAGAGUUUCUUUGCUGCUCUAUAUGUCAUUCUAAAUUGCAACAAUGAUCGUUCUGCUAUCCCCAAUCUCUUUCAGCCUCAGUAUAGGCAGCGGACUCAUAUGUGUCUGGGACACUGUAUUGAUUCUUCAGUAGAGGAGGAGGUGGAAUCCAACAUGGCAGAGAUACCAAACCUCCAGAUUACAGCUCAGUUUGUGUCAGGUCUGUUAUCAAAUCGGCACCAUAAUCUCCUCCUUGACUGCUGUCCUGCUGCUCUGCGAGAACGUAAGGUCAAGCAAGUAGUCAAAUCCUUGUCUAAGGGGAUGCAGAGACAUUUCAAGUCCAUUCCUCAUCCUGUAGAGGGUGAAAAGAAGAGCAUGCAUGCCAUGCCAAGUUUUGUUUGGCUAAUUAAAUGUAUCUAUGAAAUGCAAGACAACACAAUUGCUCAAGAUGCCAUGGCUAAGUUGGAGGUUGAACACCUAAAGCUCACCUAUUGUAACAUUGGACCUGUGGCGUGUACUGCAUUGACAUAUGUGCUGAGACAUCUGCAGAAUCCUGUUGGCCUCCAGCUGGACAACAAUUCUGUUGGAGACGUGGGCGUGGAGCAACUUCUUCUAUGUCUACAUACCUGUCACUCACUCUAUUUAAGGAACAAUAAUAUAUCAGAUGCAGGAAUCCGGAAACUUGUGGAAAAGGGAGUAAACUGUGAAAGCUUCCAGAAAAUAGCACUUUUCAACAACAAGCUUACAGAUGCUUGCAAACACUUGGCUAGGCUGCUGAAAACAAAGCAGAACUUCAUCUCUUUGAGACUGGGAAAUAACAACAUCACAUCACAGGGGGCAGAGCAGCUAGCUGAAGGCUUAAGCUGCAACCAGUCUUUGCAGUUCCUGGGGUUAUGGGGUAAUAAAAUUGGGGACAGAGGGGCUGAGGCAUUGGCAAAAGCUCUGAUGAAUAACACAUCGUUAAUAUGGUUCAGUCUGGUGGAUAAUGGUGUGGGCAGUGCAGGUGCAUGCGCUCUGGCUGAACUUAUUAGACAAAGCAAAACUUUGGAGGAAUUAUGGCUAAACAAAAACUGUAUCAGCAGGAAUGGGGAUGAGUGUCUCAUAGAAGCACUGAAAAUAAACUCUAGUGUUAAGGAAAUCUGGCUGAGAGGAAAUAAACUGAGCCCAGAGGAAGAAGAGGAGCUGAGCAAGCAAGAAAGCAGAUUGACCUUCUGAGGGCAAGAAUACUUUGUAAUGCCUGCCAAAAACUCUUUGAUUCAAUUUGCAUUAUUUUCCUUUUAAAGUCUCAGAAGCACAGGUAGCGAAGGAGUAAAUAAUCAGGGGUACUAAUCAGGUCUCAAAGCACAGAAGGGACUGGUGCACUUGUCAGGUUGUAUUCCACUUUGCAUUUACUCUACAAAAUGUGCAAUGUUUCAUAUGUUUUAUUUUUGUAUUUUAAACGCAAAGUUUAUUUAAGGGUCUGUUACACUUUUAAGGUGGAUUUGUUUUAUUUUUUUAUUAUUUAAAUCCCUUUGAUUUAAUUAAAUCCUCCCAAUACCUAUAUUUACUUGCAUAAUAGCUAUAGUUUUAUUUGUUUAUUCAUUUUCACACAAAAAUCUACCAUGGAAGUGGAACACUUACAGUAUUGUUUACAGAUCAAGAGAUUCGUUUUUUAUCUAUGUGUAAAACAUGCUGCAAAAAUAACAAGCAAAUAUAUUUUCUGUUAAAUAUAACUUAAACGCAUCUAUAUUUGCAGUAUGUACUCAGAUUUAUAUGUGUAAUAAACUGUAAUGUAUAGCCUGUCACACAGUCAGCCAGUUCCUCAAACUUCUCAGCCAAACUACUGGAAAACCCCAAAAGGCGGGGCUUAAUAAAAGACAAGCGAAACGACCAAUCAGAACCCCAUGUG